AUGAAGUUCACCCUGGGCCUGGGGUCGCGGGCGUGGAGAGUGUCCUGGGAGCGGACGGCGGCGGCAGGCCCCGGGGUAGAGCGGGUCUGCAGCCCGCGGCCGGGCCGCCGCGGCUCUCGGCUCUCUCGCGCGCUCCCUCUAUGCCUCUCCCUCGGCGGCGGCGCCCGAGCUCUCCCGGAUUGCGCCGGGCCCAGCUCCCGCCGCUCCGGCGCCAGGCUGCUGGCUGCCCCGCGCGUUAUGGAGCAGACAUAUGGCGAGGUGAACCAACUGGGAGGCGUGUUUGUCAACGGCCGCCCCCUGCCCAACGCUAUCCGCUUGCGUAUUGUGGAGCUGGCGCAGCUGGGCAUCCGACCCUGUGACAUCAGCCGGCAACUCCGCGUCUCCCACGGCUGCGUGAGCAAGAUCCUGGCGCGCUACAACGAAACGGGGUCCAUCCUACCCGGCGCCAUCGGCGGCAGCAAACCUCGCGUCACCACACCCAACGUGGUCAAACACAUCCGGGACUACAAGCAGGGAGAUCCCGGCAUCUUUGCCUGGGAGAUUCGAGACCGGCUGCUGGCCGACGGCGUCUGCGACAAGUAUAACGUGCCUUCCGUGAGUUCCAUCAGCCGAAUCCUUCGCAACAAGAUUGGCAGCCUGGCGCAGCCCGGGCCCUACGAGGCCGGCAAGCAGCCGCCACCGCAGCCCGCGCUGCCCUACAACCAUAUCUACCAGUACCCUUACCCUAGCCCCGUAUCGCCCACGGGUGCCAAGAUGGGCAGCCACCCUGGGGUUCCGGGCACGGCAAGCCACGUCAGUAUCCCGCGGUCCUGGCCCUCGGCGCACUCGGUCAGCAAUAUCCUGGGUAUCCGCACAUUCAUGGAGCAAACAGGGGCCCUGGUCGGGAGCGAAGGUACCGCCUACUCCCCCAAGAUGGAAGACUGGGCCGGCGUGAGUCGCACAGCUUUCCCCGCUACGCCCGCAGUGAACGGGCUGGAGAAACCCGCCUUAGAGGCGGACAUUAAAUACACGCAGUCGGCCUCCGGGCUUUCGGCGGUGAGCGGCUUCCUCCCGGCCUGCGCCUACCCGGCCUCUAACCAGCACAGCGUGUAUGGUGCACCCGGUGGUGGUGGUGGCGGCGGCUACCUCGCCCCGGGUCCUCCUUGGCCUCCGGCGCAGGGCCCCUCACUGGCAAGCCCCUCGGCCAGCGUCACGGUGCACAGCGGUGGCGGGGAAUUGGCUGCGGCGAUGACCUUCAAGCAUCCCAGCAGAGAAGUGGCCGAUCGGAAGCCCCCGAGCCCCGGCGGCAAGGCAGCGGAUACCCUCAGUAGCUUACACGGACUGCCCAUCCCUGCUUCCACUACCUAG